GAAUGUACAGUAGUGUUCUCUCAGAAUCUGAAUUUUUAAUAUCAAAAUUAUAAGAACUUUUAUGAGUUUGUAUUGCAAACUUACUGAUCAAAUUAUGAUCACUGAUUGCAAUAAAUAAUUGUAUAUAUUUCAUAAAUAUUUCGUAAAUAUGGCAAAUCCUCCAAACAUAGGCCAAUCUUACUUUUGGAGUUCAGGAGUUCCACAGCCACAAAAUAUGGGAUAUUAUUCUGUGCCACCUCCAAAUUUUCCACCACCAGAUUUUAGACAACCACCACCAUCUUAUAAUAUGCCAGUUUCUAAUUUACCUGAAAACAAAACUGGUAAUUUUAUUCAAUCGUAUCGUUCUAUGACACCUUGUUAUCAAAAUGAGGUUCCAAAUUCUUAUCAUGAUGUGUCUUAUCAAAGUCAAACAGAAAUGCAAUGUAAUAAUCAAAAUUAUGGAGUUUCUAAUUAUUGUCAGUCACUGACAAUGAAUUUUAAUUCAAAUUGGGAUGAUAGGAACACAUAUCAUAACAGUGGGAAUACAGAAUGGGCUUCUAGUAGUUAUUCAUCUGACUGGGAUAAAUCGCAGAAUAAUGAAACUUCUUGGUACGAAUCAAAUAAAAUGCAAGAAGAUGAUAGAAAACCUUCAUAUAGAAAGUAUAAUGAAUCUCCAAGGGAUAGAAGAUUGGAAUUAAGAUAUAAGGAUAAAGAAUCUUUUACUAGUCAUUCUACUAGAAAGCGUUCUAAGAGUCCUGAUAAUAGAUCAAGAUCAAGUAGAUCUCCUUACAGAUCACGGUAUGAUUCUCAAAGAGAUAAAUAUCCAAAAUAUCUUAAAAGUAGAUCAAGUUCUAAAGAUCAUUCAUAUAAUGGAGAAGACUCUGAGAGAAGAUCAUCUAGUAGAAGAAAUAAUUCAUAUACUUCACGUUCUCAGAGAUCACAUACAAGUUACAGAAGCAGAAAAAGAUCAAGGUCUCAAGAAUCUUAUUCAUCUAGAACUAAUAGCCCUAACAAUAAUCUUCCUGCCAAAAGAGACCCAACUGAAAGAGAAUUACUUUUAGAAAAAUACAGGCAGGAUUAUUGUGCAACAAGCAAAGAUAUGGAACGAAAAAUGGAUGAAUUAUCUGCAAUGGGACCUGAAGGCAUUAUGGAAAAUGCAAGAAAAGUUUGGACACGUACUGCACCAGCAGACUUGUAUUAUGUUAGGGAUGAAAAUAAUUUAAAAUUAAUGAGAGGUACAUCCAAAUUGUAUGAAUUAUGUGAAUCAUUCAAGAAAGUAUUACUAGACAGAGCUACAGGUGCAAGAGCUUUGCAGCCUCCUUAUGAACCACCUCCAAGAAAAACCAGAGCUCGUUUAUGUAGACAUAAAUCUGAAGCUUGUAGCAGCUCUUCUUCUGAUAGUGAUAGUUCAAUGGAUGAGGAUGAUAGAACAAUGGAAGAAUUAAUGGCAAAGAAACAACAUCCUCAAAGGUUACACCCUGAAAUGUGGUUUAAUGAUCCUGGUGAAAUGAAUGAUGGACCAUUGUGUAGGUGUAGUGCAAAAUCAAGAAGAUCUGGAAUUAGGCAUGGAAUUUAUGCCGGUGAAGGUGCAAUAAAUAAAUGUGAUUUAAAUUCAAAUAAUGCUGAUAAAUUAUAUCACUAUCGAAUAACAAUUAGUCCACCAACAAAUUUUCUCACCAAAACACCAACAAUUAUUAAACAUGAUGAACACGAAUUUAUAUUUGAAGGGUUUUCUAUGCUUUCGCAUUUUCCUCUUGUAAAGUUGCCAACAUGUAAAGUGAUAAGAUUUAAUAUAGAAUAUACGAUUCUUUAUAUAGACGAAAAACUGCCAGAAAAUUUCACUAUACGAGAAUUGGAUUAUUUUCAAACUUACUUAUUCAAAGAAGUAUUGGAAUUGGUAGAUUUCGAUCUACAAGCAGCACAAGACAAAUCUGGCUGUGGACAGUUUCACUUUAUGCCAAGAUUUGUGCGCGACUUAGCUGAUAAUGGACAAGAAAUUUUGUCCAUGAAUGAAGUAUUGAAUUAUUUAAUAAAAAGUAGCAAACUAUUAAUAGAUCCAGAUGAUUUACCUAGAUUAGUGGAAAUGCCACAAUAUAAGUGGCAAAAUUUUGCCGACGAGGUGAAAGGUAUGAUAGUCACGUAUCCUGGUAAAAAACCGUGCAGUGUUCGUGUGGACCAAUUAGAUAGAAAUCAAGCUGAUCAGCCACCUGGUAUAGUGGCAUACCCCGAAAUCGUACAUUUUGGAAUUAGGCCACCACAACUUAGCUAUGCCGGAAAUGCUGAUUACCAAAAAGCAUGGAGAGAUUAUGUAAAAUUUCGGCACUUAUUAGCUAAUAUGCCAAAACCCUCAUUUGAAGAUAAAAGAAAGUUAGAGGCGAAAGAGAAUAAGCUUCAAGAAUUAAGAACUCAAAGCAAAAUGAAACGCGACGUUACUGUAGACGUUAGUUCUGAAGGAUUUUAUAGAACUGGAAUUAUGUGCGAUAUAGUGCAGCACGCUAUGUUAAUACCAGUACUUGUUUGUCACUUGAGGUUUCAUAAAUCGUUGGACAACUUAGAACGUACACUGGGUUAUGAGUUUAAGAACAGAUACCUUCUACAAUUAGCAUUAACUCAUCCCAGCUAUCGUGAAAAUUUUGGUACAAAUCCCGAUCAUGCACGAAAUUCUUUGACUAAUUGUGGCAUAAGACAACCCGAAUACGGUGAUCGCCGAAUUCAUUAUAUGAAUACUCGGAAACGUGGUAUCAAUACAUUAAUCAAUAUAAUGUCAAGAUUUGGUGCGAGAACGGAAACUGAAUCUUCGAUAGCACAUAAUGAAAGAUUGGAAUUCUUGGGAGAUGCGGUAGUUGAAUUUCUUACAUCGAUUCAUUUGUUUCAUAUGUUUCCUGAUCUAGAAGAAGGUGGUCUAGCUACUUACAGAGCAGCUAUUGUUCAGAACCAACACCUCGCCGUGUUAGCGAAAAAAUUGAAUUUAGAAGAAUACAUGCUUUAUGCACAUGGCAGUGAUCUUUGCCAUGACUUGGAGUUAAGACAUGCAAUGGCAAAUUGUUUCGAAGCGUUAAUGGGCUCGUUAUUUCUUGAUGGGGGUAUAGAAGUUGCUGACAGGGUGUUUGGAGAAACACUUUUUAAAGACGAGGACGAUCUUGCAAAAGUAUGGGUAAAUUAUCCAAAACAUCCUUUGCAAGAACAAGAACCAACAGGUGAUAGACAGUGGAUACCAAGUUUUGAACUGUUGCAGAAAUUAACGAAAUUUGAGGAAUCUAUUGGUAUAGAAUUUACUCAUAUUCGUCUGUUAGCUAGAGCAUUUACCGAUCGCAGUAUAGGAUAUACGAAUUUGACGUUGGGUUCUAAUCAACGUUUAGAAUUUUUAGGGGAUACCGUGCUACAGCUCAUAGUCUCUGAAUACUUGUAUAAAUAUUUUCCAGAACAUCAUGAAGGACAUUUAUCUCUUUUACGAAGUUCUCUUGUAAACAAUAAGACCCAAGCUGUUGUGUGCGAUGACUUAGGGAUGACUCAGUAUGCAUUGUACGGUAAUCCAAAGGCUGAGUUGAAAACAAAGGACAGAGCAGAUUUGUUGGAAGCAUUUCUAGGAGCUCUUUAUGUUGAUAAAGGUUUAGAGUAUUGUCAUGUGUUUUGUGACGUAUGUUUCUUUCCGCGUUUACAAGAUUUUAUUAUGAAUCAAGACUGGAAUGAUCCAAAAAGUAAAUUACAACAAUGUUGUUUAACAUUAAGAACGAUGGAUGGCGGAGAACCAGACAUUCCUGUUUAUAAAGUGAUUGAGUGUAAAGGACCAACAAAUACGAGAGUAUAUACUGUUGCUGUAUACUUUCAAGGAAAACGAUUAGCAAAAGCAUCAGGUCACAGUAUACAAGAAGCUGAAAUGAAUUCAGCCAAAGAAGCUUUAGAAAAAUCUCAAGACUUGUUUCCACAAUUGGAUCAUCAGAAACGAGUAAUAGCGAAAAGCAUGAAAAUGCAACAAUGGCCAAAUAAACAUAAAGCAAGAGGAAGGUCUAUGAAACCUAGCGAUAAACACGAUGAUUCUGAUUCCGGUCCACGUCCUAAAAGGAGUCGAAGUGAAACAUAAUAAAUUAUAAGAACAAAAAAUUUCAACCAAAAUUUGAUAUAAAU